CGAUUCUACCUUUCCCUACAACCCACCACACCUCACUCACUCGAUUUCAGACGACCAUUUCCAUUCUCAUAACCAUUUCAAUUCUUCCUUCUUACGUACAUAAGUCUCGUACGCAGCCAUGACAAAAACAGUCGUGAUCCUCGGUGCGUCCUUCGCAGGUGUCCCGAUAGCACACCAUCUCCUCGCACACCAGGUGCCGCUCAUACCAGACCUCAAAAUCAUCCUCGUCUCCCCCAACACACAUCUCUACUGGGCCCCUGCCGCGGUGCGCGGCAUCGUACCAGGCACAGGCUUCGACGACAAGCUCUUCUACCCCAUCGCCCCGGGUUUUGCAAAGUACCCUUCUGGAAAAUUCGAGUUCGUCCUCGGCACGGCUGAGGCUUUGGAUACUACAAGCAAGAUCGUGGCCGUCCGCACGACAGAGGGGGCCGCGAGGGAGAUCCCGUAUCACACGCUGGUCAUCGCAACGGGGACGAGCGCGAAGGAAGACAUGCCGUUCAAGACCAUCUCGACGACGGAGCACACGAGGGACGUGCUGCGCGACUGGCAGCACAGGAUCGAGGCCGCAAAAUCCAUCGUCGUGGCAGGCGCGGGCAUCACGGGGAUCGAGGUCGCCGGGGAGCUGGCCGAGGUGUAUGGGAAGAAAGCAGGUGGCAAGAAGAAGAUCACACUCGUCGGGGCGGACGUCCUGCCGCUGCACGACGAGAUGACCACCAGCGUUAGGCAGGCCGCCAAGAAGAGCCUGGAGAAGAUGGGUGUACAUGUCGUCCUGAAUGCCAAGGUCACAGAGGUCGAGGACAAUGCGUCGUCGGGCAAGACUCUGACCUUGUCUCUGCCCGGCGGCAAGAAGGACACUUUGGAGACCAAUGUCUUGAUCCCCACGUACGGGCUGCAGCCCAACACGUCGUUCGUCCCGGGGUCGAUGCUGGACCAUCGCGGUUUUGUAAAACAGACAAAGUUUCUCCGCGCCGAAGGCCAUGAUGACAUCUUUGUCGUCGGGGAUGUCGGCAACCUCGAGACCCCGCAGAGUAUGCACACCGAGAACCAGACCGUGCACGUUGUCAAAAGCCUUGCGGCGCAACUGAAGGGAGAGCAGGUGCCGGAAUAUACGUUCAGCAAAGAAGUAGGUUUUGGCGCCUCUCUCGGUCCGGGAGGCGGUGUCGGUCAGAUGUUUGGGUGGAAACUUCCAGGCUUCGUUAUAAAGUAUGCCAAAGGAAAGACUUUGGCGACAGACAGGGCACCUGCUUAUGUGGAGGGAAAAAGGACACUCAUGCAGAGCAAAUGGGCCUAA